UUGGACAAUAUAAAGAUGGCCCGCCUCCCAGUGGGCGCGCGCACACCAUUUCGACCUAUGAGAAGACAGAAACUCUCCUGUUCGAUUCGACAUGCGUCACUUCCUCCGCCCCUGCAGCAAAGGAUAAGAAACCCUGCGCCAAGACCUCCUUCUUUCCCAGGCGGCUGCCGAAGAUGGCGGAGGGGCAGGUUUGGGCUCUGCGCGCGCUGGGCGGUGUGGGGUCGGGUUUUGGUGCUGGAUGGCCGAGGCCAUCUUCUGGGCCGCCUGGCGGCCAUCGUGGCCAAGCAGGUGCUGCUGGGCCGCAAGGUGGUGGUUGUACGCUGUGAGGGCAUCAACAUUUCUGGGAAUUUCUACCGAAACAAGUUAAAGUAUUUGGCCUUCCUCCGAAAGCGGAUGAACACCAACCCCUCUCGAGGCCCCUACCACUUCCGAGCCCCGAGCCGUAUUUUCUGGCGAACUGUGCGAGGCAUGCUGCCCCACAAGACCAAGAGAGGCCAGGCUGCCCUCGAGCGCCUCAAGGUGUUGGAUGGGAUCCCUCCACCCUAUGACAAGAAAAAGCGGAUGGUGGUCCCUGCUGCCCUCAAGGUUGUGCGGCUGAAGCCUACCAGAAAGUUUGCUUACCUGGGUCGACUGGCUCAUGAGGUCGGGUGGAAGUACCAAGCAGUGACAGCCACUCUGGAAGAGAAACGGAAGGAAAAAGCCAAGAUCCACUAUCGGAAGAAAGAAGCAGCUCUUGAGGCUACGGAAACAGGCAGAGAAGAAUGUGGAGAGCAAAAUCAGCAAGUUCACAGAUGUCCUCAAGGCCAACGGACUCCUGCUGUGAGCCCAAUAAAGACUGUUUGCCUAAUGCCUGCCUGGCCUGCACUUCCUCACCGCCGCUCAGGGAAGUGGGGACAAAGGAUGCCUUAGUCACUAUCCUAUGGGUAGAGGAGA